GUUUAUGAAUUGAUACGCUAUGCACACGUGUAAAUAUCAUUAAUUCAUCAUAAACUAAGAAGUGAGUGUUUACGACCCACUAAUGAUGAGAUCAUUUCCAAUCACAACGGGGGCGACCAAGCGAGACAAUUACAUGAUAAAAUCGAAAAUUUUGUCCGCUUCCUGAUGAAUUGCAAACUUUUACAGACUUUAAGCCUAAAUCUGUGUGUCAAAAUUGUUCAUUUGGGAACUUCAGGCUUCUGGAGAAUACAAUAGAUUCAUAAUUACCGAAUAGGUUUGUAUAUAAAUAUUGGAGAAAGCUUUUACAUAUCGACCACGAGUCGACCUCGUCCACGGUUUUCAUUGUUUGUUAUCUAUUGGACGUUUUCUGUCCGCUGACUUUUGGACUUGUAUAAAAUAAAAAUGUAAGCUGUGUGUCCGAGGAAAAAUACCUGGAAUUACACAGAUGGAGAUUAGAAAUCAUAAUAUAACUUUGUUCCUUUCAUCUGACCAAUAUAAAGGAAUAAUGUCUGCGUAUGACCCGAACCUCACCUGUCAUAAGUGGAUUAAAGACUUUCUGCCUCCAGAUAAAGAAGUAACACUGGAGUUCGCCAACCGAAUUCUAGUCAAUCGUCUGAUUGGUGGAAUCAUAUUCCUCGGAAUUCUAAUUGUGAUCGGAUUGGUUGGAAAUGUUCACGUUAUCUACGUAUAUUGCCGAAAAUUUAAGAAUUCAAACUAUCGAAUAUAUGUGUUAUGGCUGGCCAUUCUGGACAUAUUUAAUCUUUCUGUGAGUGCCCCAUUGGUAAUUAUCUACCUGUGUUACCCCGUGACGUUUCAAUCAGAGGAAUUCUGUAAAAUCUACAGGUUUAUUCUUUAUUUCGUAUCUAUAUGUUCGACCUGUGCCCUGGUUGUUAUCGCUGUAGACAGAUGCCGUAAAGUGACGGCGCCAUUGGGGACCCAGAUAACUUCACGUCAAGCGAGACUGAUGUGUGCUAGUUGCCUUGUGGUCAGUUUAGUGUUCUCGUGGCCAAGUCUUAUAUUAUAUGGAAUUACCAAAGUGCCAACAGGCAUACCAGGAUUAAUGGGCUACAGAUGUCUAGCAAGUGGUGAGACUCUGAAAUACCUGGCUGUGUUCCAUAUCUGCCAUAUUCUGUUCUUCCUCGCUGUGUCGUCUGCUCUGAUCGGUAUUUAUGUCGCCAUAGGGCGUAAGAUUUAUAAACACACCUUCUUCCAGGACAGUGUGCGGAGGGGGUCAGAUAGAUUCGCUGAAGAGUCUCCGCAAUUGAAGGCUAAGAACGACAAUCGUCCGUCCCACAUCUCCCAGGCCACUCUGUUCCGCACCACGGGGACGCUGUUCACCGUGACCUUGGCCUACAUUCUGAGCGCCAUUCCCCACCACGUGCUCUCCAUCAUCUUCUUUGCGAAUCCCUCCUUUGACUGCUCUUUGACCCUCUUGGAGGGACAGUUCUACUACACGUUCAUCUGGUCCUACUUCAUAAACAGUGCCAUUAACCCUUUUAUUUACAGUUUCAGGGAUUCUAAGUUCAGACACGAACUUAAAGUCAUAUAUGGUCUGAUGGAGUGAUGUUAUAUGUGAUGUUUUGAUUUUGAUGCUAAAUGUUUGGAAACUGUUUUGCAGUUAAAGUGUAUUAUACAGAACAAUCUUUAAAAUACUUUAAAAUGUAUAUUAAUACUUUUUAAUUUGACCAUGUGAAGUAAUUUUUUACUACAUGUAUUAUGGUAAAAAAUUAAUUGAACAGGUCUGGACGAUUUCCAAAUAUGGAAGUCAAGAACGAUAACUGAAAGUUGCUAUAAAUAUACAUCAUGUACACGUAAUUAUUUUUCUGUCCAAUCAGACAACAGCAUUUUUACACACUCCAAAA